AUUAAGUGAUUUCAUUGAAUAUAGGGUAACAUUAUAGAUUCAAUAUAAUCGGUUGAUCUCCUGUGUCGAGUCACCAGAAGUCAUCAUCCACCAAUUCGACACCGGUCUCAGAUCCUGUCUGUCCAGGACGCGCUUCGUCAGCGCGUUCAGGUGAUGGCCCAAAUCUCGCGAGAACAUCCAGGUUAACACAGAUCCCGUCAAUGAUGGCUACACCGCCGGACGCCGAGAGUUUGGAGUCUCGCAUUAACAAAGCCACGAACCCUCUGAACAAGGACACGGACUGGGGGAGCAUCCAUGCCUUCUGCGAUCAGCUCAACGGCGACCUGGAAGGACCUCAGCUGGCCACCCGACUCCUGGCCCACAAGAUCCAGUCUCCCCAGGAGUGGGAGUCCAUGCAGGCCCUGCUGGUCCUGGAGAGGUGCAUGAAGGCCUGUGGGAAGCGCUUCCACAGCGAGGUGGGCAAGUUCCGCUUCCUCAACGAGCUCAUCAAGGUGGUGUCGCCCAAGUACCUGGGCUCGCGGUCCCCAGAGCCGGUGAAGCAGAAGGUUCUGGAGCUCAUCUACAGCUGGACCCUGGGGCUGCCCGACGAGGCCAAGAUCCUGGACGCCUACCAGAUGCUGAAGAAACAGGGUAUCGUCAAGCAGGACCCCGAGCUACCCCCUGACAAGAUGCUGAACCCGCCCCCUCCCAGACCCAAGAACGCCAUCUUUGAGGACGAAGAGAAAUCCAAAAUGCUGUCCCGCCUCCUGACCAGCACGCACCCAGACGACCUGAAGGCGGCCAACAAGCUCAUCAAAGAGAUGGUUCUAGAGGACCAGCGGCAGGCGGAGAAGGUGUCCAAGCGGGUGAGCACCAUCGAGGAGGUGAAGGAGAGUGUGGGGCUGCUGUCCCAACUGCUGCAGGAGUACCAUCCCGCCGCCCCCAGCACGCCGGGCAACGCAGAGCUGCUGCAGGACCUGUAUCAGCGCUGUGAGAAGAUGCGUCCCACUCUGUUCCGUCUGGCCAGCGACACGGAGGACAACGACGAGGCCCUGGCGGAGAUCCUGCAGGCCAACGACAGCCUGACGCAGGUCAUCAACCAGUACAAGCUGCAGGUCAGGGGGGAGGAGGUCAACGGAAACACAGCGGGGGACGCACACAGACAGACAGGGGGGAGUACGGCGCUGCUCGACCUAUCAGGCUUGGACACGUCGCCUCAGUCCCCGCCCUCGUUCCCAGAGUUCCCCUCCCCCACAGACGCCUUCCACGCCCCCGAAACGGGCAUCAGUCUCCUUGACGAUGAACUCAUGUCGCUAGGGUUGAGUGAAGGCACCCACACGUCGAACGCCCCCUCCCAUCCCGAGGACUCGACCGCCUGGGACUCCUUCCAGUCGUCUGACAGCAUAGAAGCAGACAUCCCGGCCGCCCCCAGCCUCCUGAGCCCAGACCCGCCCUCACACACACACCUGCCUCCCUCCGGCCCCGCCCCCGCCGGCUCUAGCUCCGCCCCCUCUACCUCCGCCCUGGACGAGCUGGACCUGCUGGGGAAGACGCUCCUCCAGCAGUCCCUCCCCCCCGACAGCCUGCAUGUCAAAUGGGGGGCGCAAGAAGGCUGGAACAACGACAAGAGAAGGGACCGGCAGCAGGUCAAGCCCACCCUCAGAGACCUCCAGAGCAAGUCCGGCUCCAGUGUGACGCCCAGCCCCAUCCCGGCCUUCUGCGCCGAGCAGCCUGGGCCUCUCCUGAGCGCUCAGGCCAGCCUCGGGCCCGCCCUGCUGGACUCGCCGCCGGCCCCGGAGGUCACCCUGAAGAAUGUAUUCGUGCCUCUAGAGUCUAUUCGGCCGAGCAGCCUCCUGCCUGUGACGGUGUUUGAUGGCCACAGCCUGCGGGUUCUGUUCCACUUCGCCCGGGACCCCCCUGCAGAGCGGCCUGACGUGCUGGUGGUCAUCCUGUCCAUGCUGUCCUCCGCCCCGCUGCCCGUCACGCACAUCAGCCUGGAGGUCACCACGCCCAAGUGUAUGGCGGUGAAGCUGCAGCCCCCCUCGGGGACAGAUCUCCCGGCCUUCAACCCCCUGCUGCCCCCCGCCGCCGUCACCCAGGUGCUGCUGCUGGCCAACCCCGACAAGGAGAAGGCCAGCCUGCAGUACACUCUGAGCUUCACCCUUGGAGGGCAGCGGCACGCCGAGAGGGGCACCGUGGACCAGUUCCCCCCCGCCGACACCUGGGGCGCCCUAUAGCGCCCCAACCCCCCCGGACAGACUCUCUCUGCUUCCUCAGUGACUCUUUAGACCCAAGGACACCCUCUGCAGGACCCCCUACAUCCCAGAUCCCCCCCCCCCCCCCCCCCCCCCCCCGGCAGUCUCUCUGCUUCCUCAGUGGCUCUUUGAUUAAAACACUCCUCAUUCGACACUAUUCUUUCUCCUCUUCUCCUUCCUUCCGUGAUGCCGGUCGCUCUCUCCUCCUCCUCGUCCGACCGCAUCUUGUUCCUGUGAAUCUGGGUUCUUGUGUUCCUGCUCUGUUUUCGUGUGAUGGGUCGAUGCGGAGAUGGAAACGGGGGUGGGGGGGGUGUAGGGAUUCUCCUGUUGUGUUGAAUCAUGCGUGUGUGGUUUUAACCGGCCCAUCUCCAUAGUUACAGUAAACACUACUGUUUAUCUGCACGCCGGUCCUGUCCUGAACUCCAGUCCUCCGCAUCACUUCAGCGUUGCAACAGAGAGGGGGAAACAAGCUCAGAUUCUUCGCUUCUCUUGAGUUUCUCCUGCUGGCCUGUGAGGGAUGAAUAUCAACUAAAUCAAUUUUGGGGAAAAAAAAGACACUGACUAGUAAAGGUUCCCGUGUCUGGACGAGCAGAUGACCCUGGUGAGGUUCAUUCUGCCAUGUGUGCCUGUGUUGCAGUUUCACUUCUUUGGUUUCUCGUUAAUCGUCGUGCUGCCACCCGAAACCUGGGUCACCCCCCGACCCCUCCCCGAUCCCGAGUCCGACUCCUUCCCAUCGUCACAGCGCCCACAACGGUCGUUUUACCGGGUGAGAUCUGAAGCCCCCGCCAGAAUCACAUCAACAUCAGUUUACAGUGAAACACUGUCCCCAUCUCCCCUCCUCCGGACCCCCUGGCCUGGUCUACAGGCCAGUGGUUCCUCCGGUUCCCCAGGUGUGGUUCCUCUGGUUCCUCUAGUUCCCCUGGUCUGGUUCCUCUAGUUCCUCUGGUUACUCUGGUUCCUCUAGUUCCCCUGGUCUGGUUCCUCUGGUUCCUCUGGUUCCCCUGGUCUGGUACCUCUAGUUCCCCUGGUCUGGUUCCUCUAGUUCCCCUGGUCUGGUUCCUCUGGUUCCUCUAGUUCCUCUGGUUCCUCUAGUUCCCCUGGCCUGGUUCCUCUAGUUCCUCUGGUUCCUCUAGUUCCCCUGGUCUGGUUCCUCUGGUACCUCUAGUUCCCCUGGUCUGGUUCCUCUAGUUCCUCUGGUUCCUCUGGUCUGGUCUGCAUGCCAGUCCUCUGAUCACAUUCCUUGUACAUACCAGCGGGGGUGGAGCUGUGCACUAAUAAUAUAUAUACAUCAAGGAAAAUAAAACAGUCUUUAUCUUGGCAAUAUGGUUUGGA